ACUCAAUUUUCUGGAACGCAUGUAACACAGACUGCAUCUGCUUGUUCCAAGUUGUGUGCAUCUCCGACCCCACGACUCAGCAUACAAUGGCAGUCCCACAACGCUGCGCCGCCUGCUCGACAAAACUUCUCGUAUCAUUCGCGGCAGCAUGGGGAGCUCGAAUUCGCUCGUCGGUUUCGGUCCUGCCCACGAGACAGUUGCGAGUGGGGACCGGGGCCAAGCUGUUGCCUGUGAGAGGAUUUCACCAUACACGGUUGCGGUUGGAGUCUACGUUGCCUGGAUCUGCGACUGUUGGGAUGGAGAAGGCUGCAGAGAAGACUGAACAUCCGACGAAAACUUACGAGGAAGCAGAUGUGCGGCCGGAUUCUGCCAUAGCCAACGAGUCUACCCCGGAAAUAGCAGCACAGUUGAAGACCAAGCCAGUGGCCGACACGCCCGGUGGCGAGAAGACUGAAGAUCCGACGAAAACUCAUGAGGAAGCAGAUGUGCAGCCGGAUUCUGCCAUAGCCGAUGAGUCUACCCCGGAAACAACAGCACAGCUGAAGACCGGACCAGUGGCCGACACUCUCGGCGACAUUCCGGUGGAAGUCCAGUUGAAUACCGAACCAGUGGCCCACACGCCUGGCGACACUCCGGUGGAAGCACAGUUGGAGGGUCAAGUAGUGCCCGAGUUCCCCAUCAGUUCUCCCGCCGAAGCCAAAGCUCAGUUAGAAUCCGACACGCCACCCCUCGAGCCCACCAAUACUCCGGUCGAAGCGGAAAUACUCACGCCCCCGGUCAGACAGCCUACCAGCCCCGCCUGGAAAGGGGACCCAUCAGUCCCGUGGUUCCUCCGUGUCGAAACACCGAAGGCCCCUCGCCACCCGCUUGCCGAACAACAAGUCCUGCCUGAGCUCCCCGAAGACUCGCCACCGGAACUCUCCGAAGUGCUCAAUCAGCUCUUUGAAGAUCACGGCAUUGCAGACCUCAAGAUUCUCGACCUGCGACCGCUUGAUCCGCCGCCAGCCAUUGGCACCACGCUGAUGAUUCUUGGAACCGCCCGCUCGAUCCGCCAUUUACAUGCCACGGCGGAUAAACUCUGCCGAUUUAUGCGCUCGCAGUACAAGUGGACGCCGUAUGCGGAUGGGUUGCUAGGUCGGUACGAGUUGAGACUUAUCAAUCGCAGGAAACAGAGAAGGGGCAAGGUGGUGUCUACGCAGUUGGGAGAGGUUGAUGAGGCUGGGAGUGCGGGGUGGGUGUGUGUCAACGGCGGAAACCAGCGGCUCGUGGUGCAGCUGUUUGUCCAGUCCAAACGGGAAGAGAUGGACAUCGAGGGACUGUGGGCGCCAAUUUUGGGUAGGGCUGAGCGUCACCGGACCGCGGAGGCGGCUCGUAGAGCUGAACGGGAAAGGAAGUGGGCAGAGGAAGAUGAGCAAGCAGCUCAAGUUGAAGAACAGACGAAGGAGGACGACCUUAAGCCGGUUCAUGCCCAGUACAGUACUUUGUCAACUGCUGCUACUUCCAUUAGCGGUCCUAUGAUUCACACGAGGUCAUUACACAACUGGGGGUCUCUGGCUUCGGAUCCUGCAGUGGCUGCUGAAAUGGAUGUUACCAAUCAUGCAACCUUCCCCGAGUUCCUGAAUACAGGCGACCUUAGCACAUACCUCUCGACCCUACCACCGCCGUCCGAUGAUGCCCACUACUCCGUCAUCCACCGAGCUCACAUCAAUGCACUGAAAUCACCCCUCGUCAAAGCGUCAACCCUCUUAGGAAUUGACUUCGAUGAUCGAGCAUCCACGCCGUUCCUUCGAACAUUUUACCAGAACCUUCCUUUCGCGAGUCCUGCUCUCCAGGUCAAAUCGGAGCUCGAACUCAAGAUUCUAGGCAACAUCCACAAGCAAGAAGCCUACCCUAUCCGGUCUUUCCAGUACUUUCUCGAAUCGCUUCGAGCCGCCGGCAAACCGGUGCAUCCCGAACACUACUACAUCAUCUUGUCACACCUCGCUGUCUGCCCUGAACUUCGAUCGCAAUACUCCCAAGGCUGGCUAUCUCAUGCCGAUAAACGUGUCUCUAUGAUCAAAAAUUAUCUGAACCGCCUCUCUCGCUAUCUCUCACCCUCGCAAUCCGCCCAACUUUUCAAUCGCCCCGAAUUCCGCUACGCCACAUUCCUUGCCUUCAUGAAAGAACCUAUUACUCCUGUUCGCGAAGCUAUUAUUGCUCACGACUCACGGACAGAACUACAACUCCCCUUCCUUCCGAGAACCUUCACCUUCCACCCGAAAGUCUGGUCCGGUCAGGGCUACGGCUCCCUCUCGGACCCGCCGUAUACGUACACGCUCAAGCAGCACCAUCUGGAUUGGCUCACUUCCCUUGGCAUCGCCGGGAAAUGGAGUCGCCUUUGGAGCGUAUGGAAAAAGAUUGCCCUCCAUGACGUGCCCAGAACCGCAGAAUUCUACAAACUUAUCUACGGCCUCGUUGCGGUCGCCGGGAACCAGAAGGAGGCGGUGUACUGUGCUCGCCAGGUGGGAUUGGAGGCGAUGGCAAGGGAGGAACCGAAGGUAUCAUUAGAGAUGGGGUUGGCGCGGGCCUUCAAGAAGGUGGUGGAGAUGGCAGAUGCGGGUGAGGGGAGCGCGGAGUGGAAACAUUGGAUGGACAUUUGUGAUGAGGCGGAGAGAAACACAUAAUGUAUCAAAUCUACCUAAGUACUGGGGAGAAGAAUGUAUACCUAGUACGAGUGAUAAUUCAAG